UUUUUACUAUAAAUCUGCCUUAAUAUAUUUAUUAAAUAUAAUAUUUUUAAAGUCACUCAAGAUUAAUUGGUUUAUCCUUAGUUACUAUAAAUAAGGUUUUUUUAUUAUGGAAAAUGUUUAUUAAAUUAUUAAGUAUAAAAAAUUUAAGUUCUUAAUAUUUGUCAUAAGUCAAAUUAUUAUGUUUUCUACACUAAAACGUUUAACAAACAAAACUUCAGACAAAGAUACUACUAUUACAACUACUACUCAUCCAAAAGUGUUAUCUCAGGAUUUACAGCGAUCUUUUUCUAAAGGAAUUCAAUACAACUUGAAAUUAGUCAUUAAAGGAGAUAGAAAUGUAGGAAAAACUUGUUUAUGGAGCCGGCUUCAAGGAAAACCAUUUAUAGCAAAUUAUGAAGAGACCAAUGAAAUUCAAGUUGCUCAUAUUCAAUGGAACUAUAAGAACACUGAAGAUGUAGUAAAAGUUGAAGUAUGGGAUGUAGUUGACAAAGGAAAAAGACAACCUUUGUCGUCCUCGAAAUCAUGUGAUGUUCUAAAAACUGAACAUAAUAAAGUAAAAUUAUCUCCUAUACCAUUGGAAGAUACUCCAGUUUUAGAUGCCGAACUAGUUGAUGUUUACAGAUAUACAAAUGGUGUAUUACUUGUGUUGGAUAUUACUAAAAGAUGGACAUUGGAUUAUGUAUAUAAAGAAUUACCGAAAAUUCCAGAUAAUAUUCCAAUUUUAAUAUUAGGAAAUCAUUGUGAUAUGAACCAUCAUCGUAGUGUUAAUGGAGAUGAAGUUAUUUAUUAUUUGAAGACUUUAGGAAGGUGUGCACCUAUUCGUUAUGCUGAAGUUUCAAUGUCUAAUGGAUUUGGCUUACGACUUAUUUACAAAUGGAUAGGUAUUUCAUUUUUACAACUUCAGCGUGAAAAUAUAAUGAACCAUUUAGAAACUAAUGGAAGAGAAACCAAAAUUAUGACAAUGGAGUUAGAUGUUUAUCAAAAAAGUGAUGAAGCAAAUUAUGAUAUAUUUUUAUCAAGGUUAUCAAAACAGCGUCGAGUUGAUGCAGAAAACAAAUCAGCUACUCCUACAUUGCCAUUACCGUUGUUAAAUAAACCAUCACCUAAUGCAAAAGAAUUAAAACUUACAGUUGAAAGCCAAAAUCAAAAAUCAAUAGAUUCGAAAACCCAAGAUAUUGCCCAAAAAAUGUUUCCUACAAAGAAAUCUUAUAUAGUACAAAAUGAAUCAAAUAAAGAAGUGGAAACAUUUAAAGAAGAACCUGUUACAAAAUUGUCUUCAAUAGGGAAUAUUAAUCAUUUAGAUGAUUUUGUACCUGAUGAUGUAUUAGAUAACUCAUUCUUGGAAGAUGCAGGUCAUGGUGAUAUUAUUGUUAGAUCAUCAAAAGAAACUGAAAUGGAUUCAGAUGAAAGUGAUAAUGACUGUGGAAAUCCGAUGGUAGCAGGUUAUCAAGCUGAUGUUGAUCCUGAUGAUUUUACUCCACUUCCUGCUAAUCUGAAGAUUGUAAAGAACAAUAUGGAAUCAACUGACCAUGAUAAUUGGUCUUCAAUUCAUAAUACUACUAGACCAAGGCCAGAAGGUGAAGAAGGUGAAGAAUCAAAAUCGCAUGUUGAUGGAUUAAGUAGUACUGGUAGUAAAAAGGCCGCGAUUUGGCAUUGUUUAAAUCAUUAUGCUUAUUCAGAUGCAAUAUUCCUUGCAGAACGAUUGUGUGCUGAAUUUGACUCUGAUGAAAGUAUAUACCUACUUGCUACCUGUUAUUAUCGAUCUGGUAAACCAUCUCAAGCUUAUUCAAUUCUUAAUGGAAAAAAAAUAGUAUCGGAAAAAUGUAAAUUUUUAUUAGCUCGUUGCUGUGUUGAUCUUCACAAAUUAUCUGAAGCAGAAACUGUGUUGACUGGCAAUGUUGGUGAUUUGAUAUCAACAUCAACAUGCAUGUCAUUUAUUGAAUCAAUAAUUUCUGAUUAUGGCGAUAGUGCUCCAUUUGCAUUACAACUUAUUAGCCACAUAUGGUGGCGUUCAGAAAGAUCACAUUUAGCUGCUGAAGCUUGUCGAAAAGCUCUAUAUUUAAAUCCUUUUUUGUGGAAAUCAUUCCAAGAUCUAUGUGACAGAGGGGUCAAACCUGAUCCUGAACCCACCAAAAUAUUUAAAGUUGACAAUUUAGACAACUUUAAUAAAUGUUUGGGGUCAAAUUCUAAUGUCAAUUCAACACCUUUAUCGACAUAUAAUCUUUCAUAUGAAUCAAUAAAUACUUUUAAUAGUAGUACUCCGGCUCAAAAAAUGGUUAAUAUGUCAGUACCAAGUAGUAACAGUUCCAUUUCUAGUGGUAUACAACCAUUCACACCUGAUAUGAAUAAUGCUAAAACAAUAUUUGUCCGACCUAUAGGAAGGAAAGUAAAAGUGAUAAAUGAAAAUGCAUAUAGUCCAUUGACACCAAGCUUUGGAGUAUUUCCUUUGGAAAAUUCUGAUAAUUUAUCUAUUUGUUCAUCUCAAGCAAUGGUUUUAGUUCCUUCUACUGCAUUAAAUGAAACUAAUGAUCAGAAAUUUAUAUCUAAAAGAAGUUCUAAACCAGUAUUUAGCCAGUCAGGAAAUACGAGUAACAUUAAUAACUUGGGUACACAACAAAUAACAAUGCCUUCAAGUCCAAUGUCUCAUGUUGUAAGACGUAGUAGUCGAAUAAUCACCAACAAUUGUUCUGUUAAAGAAAAUACCAAAAGUCCUAGUAAAAAAUUUGUUAGCCCAAAAUCAGCUACACGAAAAAUAAAAAGUGGCUUGAUUCCAAAGAAAUCAGUUUUUGCAGAUAUAACAGAACGGAAUCCAAAAGAGCGUGGAGUUAUGGAAGUAGAAACAAUGACACUUGCUCAACAAGCUUUAAAUUUACAAAAAAAGACGACUGAAGGACUGUUAUCAUUAUUAAGAGAUAUUGGAAUAGCUUAUCUUCAGUUAUCAAAAUUUAAUUGUAGAAAAUCAAUCCAAUUAUUUCAAAGUUUACCCCCGCGACAGUAUAAGACUGGUUUUAUUUUGUCAAUGAUUGGCAAAGCAUAUUGUGAACAAUCUGAUUAUCAACAAUCGAUUAAAUAUUUUAGCGAAGUCCGGGAAUUGGAACCAUACAGGGAUACUCUAAUGGAGCUUUAUAGUACGUCUUUGUGGCAUCAACAAAAAGAGAUAGCUUUGUCAGCUUUAGCCCAAGAUAUGACUGCUUUAGAUAGAAAUUCUUCAUCUACCUGGUGUGUUGUUGGUAAUUGUUUUUCUCUACAAAAGGAACACCAAACUGCGAUUAAAUAUUUUCAAAGAGCAAUACAAGUUAAUCCAGACUUCCCAUAUGCUUAUGCGCUUUUAGGUAAUGAGUAUUUAGUCACUGAAGAAUUAGAAAAAGCUAUAACUUGUUUCCAGAAAGCUGUUAAAUUAGAUCCUAGACAUUACAAAUCUUGGUAUGGGAUUGGUGCUAUUUAUCAAAAACAAGAACGAUAUGAAUUAGCUGAAAUGCAUUAUAAGCGAGCUCUUAGAAUAAAUCAUAGUAGUGCUUUAAUUAUGUGUCAUAUUGCUGUUGUACAAAAUAGUAUGGAUAAACCAGACCAAGCAUUACAUACUUUACAUAUAGCAUUAACAUUAGAACCUAAACAUCCAAUGUGUAAGUACCAACGGGCACAAAUAUAUUCUAAACUUGGUAAAUUACCAGAAGCACUUUAUGAACUAGAAGAAUUGAAAGAAAUUGUGCCAAAGGAAUCUCUAGUCUAUUUUUUAACUGGCAAAGUACAUAAAAAAUUAGGCAAUAUUCAUCUGGCAUUAAUGAACUUUAACAGAGCAACCGACCUAGAUCCAAAAGGGGCCAGUAAUCAAAUUAAAGAAGCAAUAGAUCCUACCAAUAAUCAAUCACCGUUGGAUGAUUCAGAUUGUUUCAUAUCAUCCCACGAAGAAUUAAUAUCUCCGGUCCAAUGACCAGCAUAAUGUCCAAAACCAGGGAAAGAAGAUCGAGA